AUGUUGGUAGGUCCAGAUGUGAGAAAAUCAUUUCAAGAAAUACACCAAUCAGAUUCUGAAGGAUGGGAAUCUUCAAAAGAUCCAAGAAGUCAGCUUGGACAUUUAGAAUCAGAACUUUCAUUUCUAAGUAUGCUCACUGGCAUCACUAUAAGAAAUUACUCCAAGAAGACAGAGAACCUAACCAUCACUGAGAUGACAGAAAAAAGUAUAAAGAAAGUUCUACAGAGACACAGAUUAUCAGGAAAUUGCCACAUGGUUACAUUUCAACUUGAAUUUCAGAUUCUGGAAAUUCAGAAUAAGGAGAGUUUAUCUUCUGUUAUUACUGACCUCAACAUAGUAAUGGAACCUACAGAAUAUUCAGAAUUAAGUGAAUUUGUGUCAAGGUAA